GGACAGGACACAGGACCACUCGUUGGCAGUGUUGGCACUAAWUUGCACAAGUCUCAAGUGUGCCACUGUCACAAUUCUCAGUMCCAGUCCGGCACUCGGCAGUCACUUUAGUAGUAAUUCUGCAUGACGAACCGACGAGGUUACCGGCUGUACCGUAUCGGCGCAUCAACAAUAACAACAACAAUAUCUCCACAGAUGUCAAACAGUAAUAAUGCAUCACCCAGCCGUAUUCCAAAGCCGAAUUGGUUGCGGCACUCAAAUAAGACACCAAAGAUCCAAAGACAUCAAAGUCUACAAACUUUAAAUACAUAUGAAAAAGAUGACGAUUGUGCAUCAGAAAAAAGUUUUGGCAGUACAACCAGCAGUCAAUGUGAUAAUGGCCAUUCUAUGUUUGCUCUUAAUGGCACCACAUAUUCCAGCCGCAAAAAAGCUUAUUUACACUAUUGUCCCUCAAAUAUAGGCAGUGAAGAGUAUCUUACACCUACUCAGAGAUCAAGUCGAACUAUCAGGAAUCUUAGAAGAUUGCUAAAUGAUGCUCACAGUGAACUUAAUGAUAAAGAUACAGAAAUUGAUCGACUCAAGAAAGAAAAUAUUGAACUUAAAAUAAAAUGUGGAUACGAAACUACCAAUGAUUCAAUUGCUGAAGGUGAUGAAGAUGAGGACACUACUAGAUUCAUACCAAGCAAAGAACAAAUCCCUGAAAUUGAUUCAACUAAGUAUUGUGUUUUACAGGCAAUGUAUGAAACUAUUCUACAACAACAAUUGGAACAACAACGUCAACGUCCAAUACAUGAUGCUGAAAUGACAUUACAAUUCUUAAAAUCAGCAUUUUACUAUUAUCUUACCGACCCCUCUAAUACCACGGGACAUUUAAAUGCUAUAUUAAGCAUACUUCGGUAUUCAGAUGCUGAAAAAAAAAUCAUUGAGAGUAAUCAAGCGUGGAAAUAACAUUGUUUGAAAAAAAAAUUGAAUUAUUUGAAAUAAGUUAUUGUCCAAUUUGAAUCUGACUGGAAAAAUAUUUUUCCCUGUAUGAAUUAUGACAAGAAAUUCGUUAGUCCAAACCGAUGUAAAAUUAUCUACAUAUUAUCCCUGUGAUARUGAACGAUUUAAAUAAUAUGGUGCAAACAUCCUGGUGCUUUUUUUUGACACCAGUCUGAGCGAACGAAUUUCUAGUGAAUGUUUAAUUUUAAAAUAAGUUUCCUAAAUAGUUUGUAUUUCUUGGUUUUCUGUUAUAUUAUUAUUUUAUUUUAUUAAUWAUUUUUAAAAUUAUUGUAGUAUCAGUAUUAUGGUUAUUGAUAGGGAUUUUGUUGAGAUUUAUUAGAAUAUUAUUUUGUUGUUUUAAAAGAAUGUUUGAUGUUUACUACUUUUUGGUUUAGCAUUAAUUAUUUUCCUUGUAGUAUUAAGUAUACACUGUAUUUAUUAAAAUUUUCAAUCAAUUCAGAUCAUUUACUGUAACAUAUUGAUCAUAAUAUUAUUAUUUUCUAUUUUUAUUGUAAUACGAUUUGAUUACACAGUAUUUAGCACAUUUUGUGCAAUAAAUAUUUUGACGACAUGUUGUAAAUAU